AUGGGUCGAAAGUCGCAAUCGAAACAAGGAUCUAAAAAGAAUAGUGGCAAAGAAAAUAACAAGUUUACACAGCAAAGACGAAAAGAACUCGCAGUGCUCGUUGACAAAGUGUUGCGAUUGACUAGUAUAUUCCAGGCUUCUACCAGUGUGACAAAAAGUUGGGAUCAUCAUUUAGAAAUUGAAGCUUUAAUCAAAGAGAUAACCAACCUAGAGGUUUCUCAGCAUAAAAGUGGUCAUAACCAGAGGAAGUUAAAUGUUGACAAGUAUUUGAAAUGGUUAACUGAGAAUGAGGUUCCACUGGAUGGAAUUGAAAUUGCGGAGUUUGAGGGUUAUGAACUUGGUCUUAAAGCAACCAAAGACUUUAAAGAAGGAGCGCUGAUUCUCACAGUACCAUCGAAAGUGAUGUUGACAGAGAAUAAUGCUAAAGAAUCUGAGCUAGCGAGCUUUAUAAAUGUUGAUCCCUUGCUUCAAAAUAUGCCAAAUAUAACUCUUGCACUGUUCCUAUUGCUAGAAAAAAAUAAUCCAGACUCUUUCUGGAAACCAUAUAUUGACAUAUUACCAGAAAAAUAUUCAACCAUAUUGUAUUUCAAUACUGAAGAGCUGCUUGAACUCAAACCAUCGCCUGUUUUUGACUCGUCACUUAAACUCUACAGGAGUAUCGCUAGGCAGUAUGCAUACUUCUACAACAAAAUCCAUUCAUUGGACAUACCAGUAUUAAAGAAGAUUCAAGAGAUAUUCACUUAUAGUAACUACAGGUAA